UUUCGAUGAAAACCAUUCUGUCAUGUCGCUGUAGCGUUCAGUGUGGCACGGCUUGGCGGCGAGGAAUGUAACAAUCGUGCAAAACAUGUGUCGGGGUAUAAGUUUAUCACAACUAUUUUUAUUUAUUCACUAGAAAAAUACAUCCACUAUGGCAAAAUAGUAUCCCUGUUGACACAGAACAGCCGCAAAGUCACUGUCGAGACCGCGAGGUUUUUAAUCGGGGGAGGGCAACUAUUAGCUUGUGAAGCUAACGUUACAUAUACUCGUUUUUGCUAGCAACUGACCUCUACCAAAACACGGCGCAUUGGACUAGUGAUCAAUAAGUUACAAAUUCCUUAUCGUCAGCCCUCCUACCAACCCAAAGUGGUGCCCUGCGUACGGGUCCUGUGAAUAUGAGACAGAAUGAGUCAGAGAGAUACCCUGGUUCAUCUGUUUGCUGGAGGGUGUGGGGGAACGGUAGGAGCCAUCCUGACCUGUCCUCUGGAGGUGGUGAAGACCAGACUACAGUCAUCCCAUAUCACACUCUACGUGUCUGAGGUGCAGCUCAGUACCGUCAAUGUGCCCAGCGUAGCACGCAUGUCCCCUCCAGGACCUUUGCACUGCCUCAAGUUGAUUCUUGAGAAAGAAGGAGCCCGCUCUCUGUUCAGGGGCCUGGGGCCUAAUCUAGUGGGCGUGGCCCCCUCCAGAGCCAUCUAUUUUGCUGCAUACUCCAGUGCCAAAGAGAGAAUGAAUGGAGUGUUUCAGCCGGACUCUACACAGGUCCACAUGGUGUCUGCUGGCUUGGCAGGGUUCACAGCCAUCACAGCUACCAACCCUAUCUGGCUCAUCAAGACUCGCAUGCAGCUGGACUCCAGGAACCGCGGGGAGAAGCCCAUGAAUGCGUUUGAGUGUUUGCGGCGGGUAUACCAGACAGAAGGCCUGCGAGGGUUCUACCGGGGAAUGUCAGCGUCCUACGCUGGAAUCUCAGAGACUGUGAUCCACUUUGUCAUCUACGAGAGCAUCAAGCGGCGCAUCCUGGAGGCCAAGGCCACGCAGCACAUGGACGAGGAGUCGUCCAAGGAUGCCUCAGACUUUGUGGGGAUGAUGCUCGCCGCUGCCACCUCCAAGACCUGUGCCACAUCCAUUGCUUACCCCCACGAAGUGAUCCGGACCCGGCUACGGGAGGAAGGCACCAAGUACCGUUCCUUCUUCCAGACUCUGACCACGGUGCCCAAGGAAGAGGGCUACCGGGCGCUGUACCGCGGCCUCACCACCCACCUGGUGCGCCAGAUCCCUAACACCGCCAUCAUGAUGUGUACCUACGAACUAGUGGUCUACAUGCUAAACGGUUAACCUUUUUCCCUUGACCUACGACCCCAGAUUAAACCCUAGAGAGAUGGACCAAUGGCACAAAGAGACCCCCAAGAAACAGGAGAGGGACCAGGUACUCAUCUCUCACCUCCAGUCCCUCCAUCCUGUCUAAAACAAAAGCAAAUUGUCCCAAAAGCACCCUGUUUUGGGAUGGGGGUUGGUUUGUUUUCAGGGGUGCACGACACAGGAAGAGGGGUUGGUAGACAGGAAAUCACCAUGUUUGUUUUGGGGAUAUGGUUUAAAGGUGUUUAAAAAGAAGCAGUGUCAUUGAAAAGGAGUUCUUAGGAGCCCUUUCUCUCUCCUUUUCUUGCCCUCUCUUAUUGUCUCCUAAAUAAGCUUCUUUACAAGAGCAUAGCUUACUGGAGCAGGUACAGUGGGGAGAACACUCCAGCUAUUUUAGUCUAACAAUGCUAAUCAUUUCUCUGGUUUGUGUGUCAAGGGGGCAGUAGAGUAGAGGCUUGUUGAGUGCAGGGAGGUCUUAAGAAUUGGGUUGAAGGUUUGAGCGAGGUGGAUAGGGGACGUGCCUUGCCUUGCGUGACAACUUCAACUGACUGGUAUAGAUGCACAAUAGUGAUGAGGAAGAGGAGCAAAGGUCAGACCAGCCCUUGUUUCUGGAUCUCAUUAAACCACAGUUGGACCGCAGGCAUUCAGAACCACACACAGUGCUGGUCGGGUCUGCUUUGCACUCAGGACCAAGCCUGGUCCCCUCCACCCCAGGACAGCAAGCUCACAGGUCAUCCCUACAGCCAGGUCUAACCUAACCUCUGUGACUGGCUGGCCGGCCGGCCCUGACUAACACUAUAAGGCUUGAAACUCUGACUCAUACAGUAGUCUUUACAGUGUUCUCUUUGUGUGGAUGUUCUGUAAAGUGGGCGAUAGUAAGAACCUUUUGACCCACUCCCUCAUACCACCCAGACUGACCAGAAUCAUCCGCCAUUUUAAACUACUUGAAUGUUAAUCAACACAAGGAAUAACAAACGAAAGACUAUGGGAGCGUUGUCACAUCAGAUGGCAACUUUGUGUAAAUAUUCUAAGAGAGAAAAUGCAUACGUUUACAAACUUAACAAGACAAUUAUAUGAAAUCGUAUAAAUGUCUUCAUAAGAUGUAACAUUGUUGCAUUUUUCUACCCAGUCAUAGGAGUUUAAACUGUUUUUUGGGAGAUGAGGGUGAACCCUAAGGUUUCCCCUCCUCCCCCCUUUGACAGAGCAUUGUGUGACUCUUUCUGCACUUUUCUAUAGACCUGCUCCGACCUCCAGUUGCAUCUCUUUUCUCUGCCUCAGAAUCCACAUGUUACCGAUGAGACACUCUGUCCAGUGUUCACUUUGGGAAUAGAUGGAAUUCUCUUGUGUGUGAAAUGCUACACGAUAAGGAGACCCUGUGUUGUCUAUCCAUACUUUAUGCAGUAUGUGUUUUUACAAGUUGACUACAUUUGGAAAAGAAAUAGUUUUGAUGCCUUGAACAGAAAGAUGCUUGCUGUCUACUUCUCCCUUUAUUUAGCUGCUUUUCCUGUUAUUUUCUGAUUGUCAUUUUGAAACUGUGAGAACUCAAUGUUCAUCUCCUUGUUUACAUUCAGUCUUGUGUAACCAUAGAGACGACCUUACCUACUGACCUUUCCCCACUCACAUGAUAUGAGCACGAAGAGCCUUCCCAGCACAUGUAAUCAUCACUGCAGCCAUUCAGUCAAAUAUCCACAGGUCACACUAAUGCUAGAAAUAGGAAUUAAGUUCAUAACAUGCUUACUGUUCCUUAAGAGGGGGUUCCUUAAGAGGGGGUGCACAACCACAAGUUGCACCUGUAUUCGUCUGUCUCACUCGUCAUAAUUCACGAUUUUAGAAACAUUCUCAACACAUUUACCAUUAAUUUCUAUUGGGCACAAACACAACCAAAACAAACAGCAAAUGCAUCAAACACAUUUGUAGUCAAUCUUGACGUGCUCUGAAUAUGGGGCAAAAUACUGAACUUUUUACUACACCUAAGUGCAUUUGUCCCAAUACUUUUGGUCCCCUAAAAUGGGGAGACUGCCAAAACAAAGUGUCACUGUCCCAGUACUUGGAGCUCCCUGUAUAAUUAAUAUAUAUGUUUUAAUUGAUCCACGAAGGCCGCCAGUUGCCCAUCCCUGGCCAACAUGUGCAUGUUUCUACUCUGGGUCUGUGUGUGCUUAUAACCAGAGACAUUUGGUACACUGUUCUUUCACAUGCGUCUGUACUCAUCUUGUCCCUGAAUGUUUGAAUUGUGUGUUCGAGAGCGUGUUUCUGUUCCAUAUGAUUGUCAUGCCCUUUUUUGUUUUAUAGGUGUGUGUCAGAAGUAUGCUCAGUCAUUAAUGGACUAUGUUUUUCCAUUUGUUUCCUCUAAUUUGUGUUUUGUAUUUGCUCAUGAGGUCUUUGACGAGCCUCCUAGAUGCGUGGCUGACUCUAUGCAUUCUUCUCACACCCCUGGUUUGUAAAACAAAUUUCCAUAAAUGGGAAAGGGUGCUCGGGGCAUUUGUGGUUUGAUUGUUUCCAGAAAAUGUCUAACUUUACCGGCAAGGAAAGAAACAGUUCACUACUGUUUUUAUAACCAGCAGAUGGCAGUAUUGACUUCAGGUGCCUGCAGCAAACUACCAAGUCGCUUAUAACAAACACACCCAAGUUUCCAUUUGUAUUAGUGGUAUGUACGGGAUACAUGGCAUAACACCACCCAACUAAAUGCUUACGUGCAGGUUCUUCACAGUGCCACAAAAAGAAAAUGGCUCCGUAAAAUAUUUGAUCAUAAGUAUAAUACAGGAAGGCACAAUUUAUAGUCCAAUAUGUGUUUGAGGAUUGGGGGGGGCAGGUGUUUAAAUAGUGCAGUAUUUAGCAAUCAUAAUAAGUAUGUGACUGUGAGUCAGUUCCGUUGAAGUGGUGCUAAAAGAAUGACUGUCAUGGGUCUGAUGUUGACGUCAGCCAGACACUGAACCCUCCUACAGCUCCAUACAUGACAUGUCUUUUCAGAGAAAUGACCUUCACACAAUACCCUCUACCACACGGUGGACGUGGAAUGGCAGUGAGGUGCUCAUUUGUCAAAUUCUCUUUCAAUAAAGUGUACUUUCCAUUCUUCA